AAGGAAAGUGCUCAGGAGACACAGCUAUGUCUCGGAUAAAUGGUCGAUGUCAUUUAUGUUUCCAGCGGAUCAUCUAAAUCUAGCUUCUGUCGGAGUGAGAUUUAAGAGAGCUCGACAUUUUGGAGAGAUUAGGCUCUUGAAAUCAAGGCUUCUGAAGCGGCGCUGACACCAUGCUAGCCACAGUGAGCGCUUUGGCUCAGUACAAUGUCUCCGUGUCAGCUACACCAGUGGAGAACACAUCUGCUUUCCCAACCAUGCAUCCUGACGGCCAGGCCAAUAUCACCAAGCCUCACAAAUGUCUGCAGGCCCUAUAUGAAGACAUCGGAAACUCCAGGGUGCGCUUCUGGGACAUCAUGCUGCUGGUGCCAAACGUGGCCUUCUUCAUGUUCCUGAUGUGGAAGCUACCGUCAGCGAGGGCAAAGAUUCGUCUCGCUUCCAGCCCCAUUUUUGUCACCUUCUAUUUGCUGGUUUUUGUUGUUGCAGCUGUUGGAAUCACUCGCGCCAUUGUUUCCAUGACGGUCAGCACAUCCAAUGCCGCCACCAUUGUGGACAAAGUCCUGUGGGAAAUCACCCGCUUCUUCUUGCUCGCUAUUGAGCUCAGUGUGAUCAUCCUGGGACUCGCUUUUGGUCACCUAGAGAGCAAGUCCAGUAUAAAACGUGUGCUGGCUAUUACCGCUGUGUUGGCCCUGGCAUACUCCAUCACACAGGGAACACUAGAGAUUCUUUACCCAGACAGCCACCUUUCAGCGGAGGACUUUAACAUCUAUGGUCAUGGAGGACGGCACUUCUGGUUAGCCAGUUCCUGCUUUUUCUUCUUGGUUUACUCUCUGAUUGUUGCUCUUCCUAAAACCCCAGUGAGGAACAGGAUAUCAUUGCCAUCUAAAAGGGGUUUCUACGUGUACGCAGCCAUCUUGUCUUUGCUGAACUUUGUUCAGGGUCUGGGCAGUGCUCUGCUGUGUGCUGGGAUCAUAGAAGGACUCUGCUGCGUGGAUGUCACCACCUUCCUGUAUUUUUCUGCCUUUGCUCCGCUCAUUUAUAUCACGUUCCUCAAGGGAUUCUUUGGUUCAGAACCAAAGAUCCUGUUCUCCUACAAGUCACAGGUGGACGAGCUGGACGAAAGUGACGUCCACCUUCCUCCUACCGUGGCGGCGACCCUCGGCCGUAAAGACCUCACCGAUCAGGGGCUGUACUACUCCUCUACGCAGAUCGACGGCGCCGGUCCUGGCAGGUCCCGCAUGGUUGGAGCGUACUUGGACGACGUUGCGUCAGGACCCUAUGGGUCAAGCAGCAUCAACAGCAUAGAAGCUGACCGCUGGAGACCUAUCAAUGUGUGAGAGGAUACACAGCUGCAGUAAGAUGUGGAUGAAGGGAGUUUGGUAGGAUGGAAUCAUGGAAGUAGCCAGCAGGCUGGACAACAUGGAGGAGUGAUGUCGGCCUUUUCUUUAUCAGAUCAGGUUAAAAAAAAUGGACACUUUAACAGAGACUGUUUAUCUGUUUGUGAAGGACGGAAUACUUGCUUCUGUAACAGUGUCGCCGGACUCUUCUGCUGCUGUUGCUUCACGUCGAGUUUCUGGCCCUGAUGCUCCCUAUUGAUUCUGCUCCGAUCUGACUGCUUAUCAACUCGUCUCAGCACAUUUUUCUCAAACUCCAGCACCAAAAAUCCUUAUUUAUGCAGUUUGAGCCUUGUUUUAAAUGCCUAAGUCUGCUAAAUCAAUCUAACACGUUAUUUGAAAAAACAACACUUGUACAUUCUUGCAUUCUGGGGACCAGCAUAAUAAGGCACCGAUGUGCUUGUCUUAUACUGGGUUAGACUUGUACCUGGGCUGGCUAAGCUGUGUUUUGUUUUGUCUUUUUGGAGCAAAGCUUUUGUUUGUGGUUUGUAAUCUGAUUUAUUUGAUUUCCAAAGUAAAAAAGAUAAACCAGCUCCUACACACAACCAUUAAGAAUCUUUGUAUACUUCGAUUGUGUUCAUGCUUUAUAAUUUCUGCCGUUGCUUUGUGUCUUCUUUUUUUUUAAUACAAGGUGAAAAAAAAGCAUUCCAGCCUCGGCAAAGAGGCUUCAGACUUUGCAAAAGAGUCAUUUAAUCCUGCUUGUUCAGACUUUGUGUCCUUGCUUUCAUUUCUGUUGCGGUUUCUGGUGUUGCGUCUUUGAUGAAGAGGCUAGUGGCGCGAAUGAUUUUGUGCUUUAAUGCAGGACCAGUUAUGACACCAGAAACAGAAAUGAUCCAUUUUAAUAUAUUCGAAAUUGGCUCAUAAAAAUCUAUUCAAAAGAGUUUCUGAUUUGAAAUGAGAAAAAGAAAGUUAUGUAAGGAAUUUUUGCAAUUCCUAUCCUUCUGUUUCAAGGAGGAAAAAAAAAAAAAGUUUAUAAUGGGUCAUACUUUAAUCUUCCAUUAUUUAAAAGAAAGUUGAUCCACCUUUGUGUGUUCAGAAUCCCCCAAAACAACAGUGCUUCCUAAGGACCAAUUGCAUAUUUAACAUUCUGUACAAAUUAGCAAGUGGGUGCAGAGAGUAUUUGCCUGACUUUGAAAUCUUCAAUGAAUGUUAAUUUUUGCUGAAUGAUUUUUAACUAGCUUAGGGGAAAGUAAGUCAUUUUUUUUUCUCAACAAAAGGGGGAACAUGAAGGAACAGCAUUCUCUUCAAACACCAAGUCUUUCACAGUGAAGUUUUGCUGGUGGUGCUCUAAUUACAUUGUGUUGGUCGUUCCAUGUGCUGUAAAAUAAACUCUGGAUCCAUCCCUG